AUGUCCCAAGAAAAUAAAGUCCGAGAUGAAAAAGGAUUUGCUCCAGCUCCUGGAAGUCCUGGUAAGGAAAGCAGUUCUGGUAUUCCAGAACAAAUAAAUGAACAAGUUUCUGAUGAUAGCAGUAUCCAAGAAGUCCCAGAAGACUUAGAAAGUUCAAACAAUCAAGUUCCUGAAGAAUCUGGCAGUGUUUCUUCAACAAAUGGACGUAUCAACUCUGAGCCACCCAGUAAAUUAGCUCCAGUGUCAGAGGGAAAAAAGGAAAGUGAUGUUGCAGGGUCCGGCCCASAAGGUCCAGUGUCAGAGAGAGAAAAGGAAAGUGAUGUUGCAGGGUCCGGCCCASAAGGUCCAGUGUCAGAGAGAGAAAAGGAAAGUGAUGUUGCAGGGUCCGGCCCASAAGGUCCAGUGUCAGAGAGAGAAAAGGAAAGUGAUGUUGCAGGGUCCGGCCCASAAGGUCCAGUGUCAGAGAGAGAAAAGGAAAGUGAUGUUGCAGGGUCCGGCCCASAAGGUCCAGUGUCAGAGAGAGAAAAGGAAAGUGAUGUUGCAGGGUCCGGCCCASAAGGUCCAGUGUCAGAGAGAGAAAAGGAAAGUGAUGUUGCAGGGUCCGGCCCAGAAGGUGCAGAAGGCCCUAUAGCUGGUGGAUCAAAGGACAUCCAUUUUAAUCAAAUAAACACCAUCGCAGAAAGAAUAACAAUUAUAGGCCGCCCUUCAGAAGGAACAUGUGAAUUCCAUGAACAUCCAGAAUCAGAUGAGCAGGAAAAUGGUGAUGAUUGCACUGCAACCUCUGGGGUUGAGCUUCAAUCUAUUUUCCUUUUGAACAUGAUUUGUAAGUUAGAGGAAAACCAGAAAAAACUGGUCUCACAGUUAAAUCAAAAUUGUGAUAGCCUUAAGCAGAUUGUACAGGACCAACAAUGGGCAAUAAAUGGUCAGGAUCUGGAAAUUAGAUCUCUACGUAGAUCAAACUCUCAGCUCUGGCAGUCCUUUGUUAUCUUUCUUGUGAUAGU